AUGAGCCCGCUCUACACCGUGCUUCUGUGCGUUCUCGUCCUGCGGACAUGUCGUUUCUGCGUAGCGGACGACAACGACAGCUCGCUGGCGUCGCUGAUGGUGAAUAAAGACACUACCGGCCUGUACUAUGUGAAUGCGUCCGUGGGCACUCCAGCACAGAUACAGAUGCUUCGGGUGGACGUUGCCCAGCCGUAUACGUGGCUUCUUUCUCAGGAGCUCAAAGAAGCUCGUUCGGGACAAGAAGACAUGGACACUGAGGAUUCUACGUUCUACAACGCAGACAACAGCUCCACCGCCCACCGUUUGUUUGACCAACAUGUUCACAGCUACCAACAAGUCGACCGUAUCUCUUACAAUGCAUCUGUCUGCAUGGAUACCAUGGAGCUGCUUUCUUUGGCAAACAUGCCAGACUCCAGCCCCGAAAUUUCCGCCAACAGGUCGGUCGGUUGGCGCAGGAAUUCCAGCUCACUCUGGUUCCGAGACUACGCAUUUUUCGAUGCAACACAGGUAAGUUUUGAUCUUUUGCAGGGUGCCCUGGGACUUGGUGGGAAAAUCAAUCUUCCUGGCAGCACCGUCGACUCUACCCAAUACAACGAAUCGUUUUACUUCCUUGACCAAAUGCUCAAUAAUAAUUUGGUCAGCGCCGCGUCGUAUUCCCUCUGGCUCGGGGCUGAUACGCUCGAUCCCCUUGGGCCCGCCGAUGGGCUCGACAACUGCGGGAAAAUCAUCUUGGGCGGUGUGGAUCGUUCUCUGUACACUGGCGAUUUUGUAAAGUUCGACACCGUGCCGUUUAUCGAGGGACCUUCAGCAGCGUCUUCGCGCGGAUAUCCUAUCAUUCCGCUUAAUAAAGUCAGCGUACGCUCUGGCUCUGGUCAAGUGCUGAAUUUGACCUCAGAUCAUUUUCUCGAGCCCGUGCUUCUUGACUCCCGCUACCGCUACAACUACCUUCCUCUCAGUCUCAUCGUUCAGAUAGCUAUGCAAUCCAAUGCCUACUAUGUGGAGUCUCUGGAUAGAUGGUUGCUAGCUUGCGAUGUAGCGUCAAAAGAUGCCGCCAUUCUUUUCCAAUUUGGUAAUCUGAUCAUCAAUGUUCCCUUACGAGACUUGAUGGGCCCAACAUAUGACUUGGCUACUAAUGGGUCUUUGCACUUCUCAAAUUCUCAGCCUGCAUGCGAGCUACGGGUUCUGCCCAAGGCCAACAUAGGUAUGAGUAUACUGGGUGGCCCUUUUCUCAAGAACGUCUACAUGGCUGCUGAGCUGGACAGCCACCAAAUAGCGUUGGCUCAAGCCUCUACGCUGCCGAGAACGACCAUUUCAACCACGACAGAAAGGAUCUCGACGUCAUCGCAUGCGCACGCGGCGUCUGGCACUCAAAGCGCAAACAACGGCGAUGAGUCUCCAUUACAACACAAGGUUCCUCUAACGCAAGACAAUCCAUCAGCCAUCAAAUCAGGCAUCAUUCCCUUUGCUACUACCAAUAACUACUCUUCCUAUGACACGCUGAUUUUGCAAUCGUCUAGUGCGCAGCAUGCAACCGUUAACGGUCUAAUAAACCAAUUUACCGCUACCAUUUCAUCAGACGGUGUUGUCUUCACCGGCAGAUCUUUCUACAACACCAGUUAUACCACAGGCCCCAGCCUUUCCACCAGCAGUGGGCUAAAACACCGUAAUAAUGCUGCCAAAAACAAUUUUCUGAACGUUAAAAAUUCGACUCCAAUAAAGACAUAUACCACAUUGAUUCCCUUGCUGAUAAUAGCGAUUUUCGCGCUGCUGGCAUAG